GAGAGACAAAGACCGGGCCAUUACUUAGCCUACUUCCUUCUUUUGCUACCAGUGAUUCAACACUGAUCUUGUUCGUUUCAUUUUUUUUUCUUUUCCUACCUUUUUCAUAUUCCUUAACUUUUUCCUGCUUAAUUACCUCCACGACCAUUAGGGAAGAUUGAACCAAUGUUUUAGAUUAGACGCUAUAGUUUGGGCAAGAAGAAGUGUUUUACUUAAUUUUUUCCAAGCUAUUGCUGAUCUUGGGAAGAAAAUGAAUCAGGAAAUGAAUGGGGUUGAGGCAGAGAGGGUGAAAGUGAAUGUGCAUGACAAAAUAGAUUAUGUGUUUAAGGUGGUGGUGAUAGGGGACUCAGCUGUGGGUAAGACUCAGAUACUGUCAAGGUUUGCAAAGAAUGAAUUCUGCUUUGACUCAAAAUCUACCAUUGGAGUUGAGUUCCAGACAAGAACUGUCACAAUUAAUGGCAAAGUCAUCAAAGCCCAGAUCUGGGAUACUGCUGGCCAAGAAAGGUACAGGGCAGUGACAAGUGCAUACUACAGAGGGGCAUUAGGGGCCAUGCUGGUGUACGACAUUAGUAAAAGACAGUCGUUUGAUCAUGUGGCUAGGUGGGUUGACGAACUGAGAGCACACGCCGACAGUUCCAUUGUGAUCAUGCUCAUUGGGAACAAAGGUGACCUUGUGGACCAAAGAGUGGUACAUGCUGAAGAUGCAGUGGAGUUUGCAGAGGAUCAGGGCCUCUUCUUCUCUGAGACUUCAGCUCUCAGUGGUGAGAAUGUGGAGAGUGCCUUUUUCAAGUUGCUGGAAGAGAUCCAUAGGGUUAUCUCAAAGAGGUCCUUGGAAUGUGGUAAUGGGAAGGCCAAUGCUGACAACAAUCUUGCCACUCUUAAAGGGUCAAAAAUAGAUGUUAUCUCAGGUGCUGAAUUAGAAAUUACUGAUAUGAAGAAGUUGUCUUCAUGUUCUUGUUAAGAUCUAAGUAAAAACAUAGAGCGAGAGAGGAGUGAAAAGUACAUGCAGAAAUUCCUUUCUGAUAUAUGUAUACAUAUAGGGGUAAUGUGGUUGGUGAGGAUCAUAGAUUUCAUCUGUUUCUUGCAUGCUCAGAAUUAUCCUGUUUCAAUUUGAUUAUGACUUAUUACAGCAACAGCAAUGAAUUUUAUGUUUGUUUUUA